GAGUGUAAACGACUAAAUAUUGGAUUCCACGUUAUAUUUGAAACUGGCACACCUAAGCCAAAGACUGGUGAGAAGCGGAAAGCCGAUUGUGAACCCCCUUCAAAUGGCAAUGCGGAUAGAAAAUUUGCACCUCUGAUUAACUUUCUCAAGAAAAUUGGAGCCAGAGUGGUUGAUGCUCAUAAUGUAAUCCCAGUGUGGUUCGCCUCGGAUAAAGUGGAGUAUGCCGCACGUACAAUCCGCCCAAAGCUGCAUGAAAAAGCGAAAGAGCUCUUUACCGAUUUUCCACCCGUUGUGCCUCAUCCUCACGCCAAACAAACAGAGCCGGUUGAUUGGUGUGGAGUCGAAGAGUUCAUAACUGGUCGAGUGAACGAGACGGUUGAAGCUGUUGAAAAAUAUAAAGGGGGAGCAAAAGCAGGAUUCUUUCAGCUCUACACCUUUUUCCAUGCUCGUCUGCCAACUUACGAGAAAGAUCGAAAUGAUCCCACCAAGGAUUCCCUUAGCAAUCUUUCACCGUGGUUGCACUUCGGUAAGUUCAAUAUCUGA